AUAUAUGUAACUAAUUUAAUCGCGCGUAAAAUGGUAAAAAUUGGAAUUCCGGACAAGUCCGAUCGCCGGCGGCGACUUUCCGGCGACGUAAAUUUAUUGCAAACGUAGCGUGAGAGCCGGGAAUGGCAGGAAUCUACUUGCAAGAUUCCUUAUACCUUUCAAUUAUUUAAAGCUCUUUCUAAUUGCCGUUCGCCUGUUCCUCAUCAUCCGCUCCAAUUGAAUUUGAAAUUGAACGAGCCAGUUAAUCGUCAAUAAUCGUCUGCAAACAGUUUCCAGCACUUCAAGUUUCGUGGAAUUUGCAUUCGGAUCUCCUGAAGUUUACUUCUUCUGCAGUUCAGAUCUCGGGUGUGAUGAGACUCCUUCUAUUUGUCUGCCUGGCAGUAUUAUGGGUUUUAGCGACACUACAACAAGUCAAAUCACAUGGAGACCAUCCUCUCUCUAAAAUUGCUAUUCAUAAAACUACAUUCGCCCUUAAUGAGCAUGCUUAUGUUAAAACCUCUUCGUCGAUUCUUGGAUUGAAGGGUGAGAAUACAGAAUGGGUAACGCUGGAGUAUAGUUCUCCAGACCCGUCCUAUGAUGAUUGGAUUGGAGUGUUUUCUCCAGCAAAUUUCAGUUCCUCCACCUGCCCUGUGGAGAAUCCAAGAGUAUAUCCUCCAUUACUGUGUUCUGCACCUAUCAAGUUUCUGUAUGCAAAUUACACAAAUCCCAAGUACAAAACUUCCGGACGAGGUCUUUUGAAACUUCAGCUGAUAAACCAGAGAGCAGACUUCUCUUUCGCAUUAUUUACUGGUGGUCUGUCGAAUCCAAAGGUGGUUGCGAUAUCAAAUCGAGUAACUUUUGCAAAUCCUGAUGCACCACUUUUCCCACGCUUGGCACAAGGAAAAAUUUGGAAUGAAAUGACUGUAACAUGGACAAGUGGAUACGGGAUUAGUGAGGCUGAACCUUUUGUUGAGUGGAGCCAAAAUGGAAAAGACCUCAUGCAAUCCCCAGCAGGGACACUGACCUUUGAUCGUAACAGCAUGUGUGGUGCACCUGCAAGGACAGUGGGAUGGCGGGACCCUGGAUUUAUACACACCAGCUUUCUUAAGGAAUUGUGGCCCAACCAAGAGUAUACAUACAAGUUGGGGCAUAGAUUAACCAAUGGCACAUAUAUUUGGAGCUCAACAUAUCAAUUCAGAGCUCCGCCUUAUCCCGGUCAAAAUUCGUUACAGAGAGUCGUCAUUUUUGGUGACAUGGGAAAGGAUGAAGCUGAUGGCUCUAAUGAAUACAACAAUUUUCAACGUGGCUCUCUCAAUACUACUAGGCUGCUUAUCCAAGAUUUGAAAAAUAUCGAUAUGGUUUUCCACAUUGGAGAUAUAUGUUAUGCGAAUGGAUACCUUUCACAAUGGGACCAAUUUACCGCACAGAUUGGGCCAAUUGCAUCAACAGUGCCUUACAUGAUUGCUAGUGGUAAUCAUGAGCGUGACUGGCCAGGAAGUGGAUCCUUCUAUGACACCUUGGAUUCAGGGGGAGAAUGUGGUGUAGUGGCUCAAAAUAUGUUUUAUGUCCCUGCUGAGAAUCGGGCCAAGUUUUGGUAUGCCACAGACUAUGGUAUGUUUCGCUUCUGCGUUGCCAACACAGAGCUUGACUGGAGAGAGGGAACAGAACAAUACAGGUUCAUUGAGCAUUGUCUAGCAUCUGUUGAUAGGCAAAAGCAGCCGUGGCUAAUUUUUCUGGCACAUCGUGUGUUGGGUUACUCUUCUUGCACAUAUUAUGCUGAACAAGGAUCAUCUUCAGAACCAAUGGGCCGUGAGAGCCUUCAAGGUCUCUGGCAGAAAUAUAAGGUUGAUCUUGCUAUAUAUGGUCAUGUGCAUAGUUACGAGAGAACAUGUCCCAUUUACCAGAAUAUUUGUACCAAUGAGGAGAAACACUACUACAAGGGCCCCUUGAAUGGAACAAUUCAUGUCGUUGCUGGUGGUGGAGGAGCAAGCCUUUCAUCAUUUAUCACACUCCAAACAAAAUGGAGUAUUUACAGAGAUUAUGAUUAUGGAUUUGUCAAGCUUACUGCCUUUGACCAUUCAAACCUGUUGUUUGAGUACAAGAAGAGCAGUGAUGGGAAGGUUUAUGAUUCUUUCAGAAUAUCAAGGGAUUACAGGGACAUUUUGGCCUGUACAGUUGAUAGUUGCCCCAGAACCACGCUUGCUUCGUAAUGCCACAUUCCGCGUUUCGAUGUAAAAGUACAAUAACUCUCUGCUUACAGUUGAUGCAUCCAUGCUGUAUCGCCUCCUACAAUUUACCAAUAAUAAGCCUUCUUUAGCAGAUUUCAGGAUUCUGUCRGUUCAACCGAACUGAAGCCUCAUUGUAUACGUAUAAACUGUGUAAGGACAAAGCAUCUAUUUAAUAUUGGAUCGAAGUACCAUUUUCUGUCUUAGUUUUAACCAUGAAA